CCGAAAAAAUGAUAAGCGACCUCGAUAUUCGUUUCUCUGCCAUGUUAGAACCAAUUCACUGUGCAGCUGCGAUGUUAGAUCCGCAAACGAAGGGAAAAUGUUUGAGUGACGAAGAUCGUAUGCGAGCUAUGGAAUUCAUUCAUUCGAUUUUUGAACAGCACCCAAUAUUCAAAACAGAAAGUAAGAAAUAUCUGAAUCAAAAUUCAAAAAUAAGUUAUUAUAUUCAGGUGAAUAUUGUUCAAGAUCUGGCGAAUUACUUAUCAAACGAAGGUUAUUGGAGUCACAGAUUUCUGUGGGAUGUUGAAAAAAUCCAAAUAAGUCCACUGAGCUGGUGGAAGGGUCUUUGUGGAACUACUGCGUUAUCAAAAAUCGCCGAACUUAUUUUAACCUCUCCAAUCAGCAGUGUAGCGACAGAACGGAGUUUUAAAACUUUCUCAGAUACGCAUACUAAGAAACGAAAUCGUCUAGAUUCGAAGAAAGCAUCGAAAGUAAGUUUUGCAAACAUAUUAAGGAAACUUGUUUUCUUAAAACUUGAAAUAAAUUAUGUUACAGUUCGAGCUCAACGUUCUUAAAUUACAAAGUGUAGUAUACUAGUAUAUAACUCUGAAAGCUUGAAUUUACAAUUUUAAAUAUAAUGAUAAUCGAAAUAGUUCGUUUUGCCGGCAUUUGCAUUACUGAAUUAUUUAUCUAUUAACUAUUUACUCGGAACUAGAAAUCUUGCGUUUGUGCACACCUGAGCCUGAGCAUAAUCUUGCUAAUAAUUCUAAUUGCUAAUGCACUAUAUAGAUUUUAGUUUUUAUUCAAAAUUGCAUUUUCACUCAGUUUUGUGUGUAUUUUUUUCUUCCCAUCAUAUUAACUUCUAAAGGUCGUAUUUGUAAGUCACAAUUGGAAACUGGAAGAGCGUAGAUGUAAUCCGAAACCUAAGCGAAUUAAAACUUCUAAUCAAAGUGGUACAAGUACAAGCUCAUCCACUCAGGAAACUGAUAAGACAAACGAUAGCGAUACGAAUUCUCGUAUUUCUCUUACAAGUAUAAUCAAACAAAUUUAUCCUUUUUCCUGAUCGUUUUCCUUCACUCUUUAUUUUUGUACCUGUCGCCUUUAGAGCAUAGCAUGCGAAUUUAGAUUGCAAUUGUGUUGUGUAGUAGGUAAUGGGUAUUGGGGUAUUGCUAGGAGCAUGACUGUAGUGUAGUUUGCUUUUAUUUGACUAGAAUCGAAUCGUUUGAAGAAUUCGUGAUUGGUUCCUUACUAUUUUCUUCUUGUUAUUGAAUUAUAUUAUAAUGUUCAUUUUCAGGACCGCAACGAAGUAAUGUUAAUGGUAACAAAGUGCCAGUGCCAGACCCAGAACCUCAAGAUUCAGACAUUGAUGACGAUCUCAUUGAGGCCAAUCAUUCCAAUACUGAAUUGACAGAUGAAGAUGACGACGAUUACGAUUAUAUGGAUACAGAAUCCGGUGAAAACUCCGAUGACAACGAUGCAAAUAUAGAAACAUUUGAUGUUUAUUUAGAUGAUUGAUUUUAUUGUUAUGUGAGCGUUGAAUUGUCAAUAUAUUAAACGUAACCUGUGUACUGACCUUCUACAUAUACUUGUCAAGCAGGGGGGUACAUAAUAUUAGAAUAUGCUUGCGUGCUCGAGCAUAUGCGCGCAUAUGCGCGCAUGCGCGCACGCAAAACAAAGUGCGGGCGCAUUUCCCAUCCCUAGUAACAAUUGCCCGUGCUAAACAUAAAUUAUCAUCAUUUUGAAUCUUGAUGAUGGAGUAUUUAUGUGUUUGGCA